AUGGAAUCUAUUAACGUAGUUAUUGAUGAUACUAAUGAUUUUCGUCAAGAUAAUCAUAUUGCUGCAGAACUACCUCCUUCAGAAUCUGUUAACAAAGAAAAACAAAUUGCAGAAGAACCUACAAUUAUUCCUACCAUUUAUGAUAUAGAUGACAAAGAUGACAACGGUAGUAUAGUUGAGCAACCCAACGAUACUGAAAGUGAAUCCCACAAACCUGCAAAGUGGGUACAUCAAAGACAUUCUACAGAUGAUAUCAUCAGAGAUGCCAAUGCCAGAGUUAUGACUCGAAGGGAAAUCCAGAGUAAUGGAAAGAAUAUAUUUGUUGCACAAAUUUAUGUGCAUGAUAUUAUCUAUGGAUCCACCUCAAAGAUUCUCACCGACGAGUUCCUAAAUCUUAUGAGUGGGGAAUUUGAGAUGAGUAAUGUUGGAGAACUAUCAUACUUUUUAGGCUUGCAAAUUCAGCAACAAAAAGAUAAUAUUUUUCUCCCACAAGAAAAAUGUGCCAGGAAUUUAGUCGAAAAAUUUGAGUUACGUGGUACAACUCCCAUGGAAACUCCAAUGCCAACCACCGGAAAGCUUCAGUCUAAUCCUAGUGAAAAGUCUGUUGACCAGAAACUUUAUCGAUCCAUGAUUGGAAGUCCGCUGUACUUAACUGCAACUAGACCAGAUAUUUCUUUCAGUGUAGGAUGUUGCGCCAAAUUUCAAACAAAUCCUAAAGAAUCACAUUUAAAAGCUGUGAAAAGGAUCAUAAGAUAUGUCAAUGGUACCUUAGAUUAUGGUGUAUCGUAUUCGAUGGAUACGAAUAACAAUCUUGUUGCCUAA